CUUCCAGAUGUGGAGAGGAUGGCCGGCGGGAGGAGGGACACGUAGCUGUGGCCACUGUGGGUCUCUUCCAGGAACGGCCAGGAGCCCUUUAAGGGCCUGAGUGUAAGAGUGCUGUGGAGUGACCGCAGGGCAUCAUCCUGGCCUGAACAUCCUGUCGGCCAGAUAGGACUGCUGUCCAGCUGCCUUCACCCCCUUUGCUGGCCUUCCCGCCCUUUGCUGGGCCAGCAGCCCAACAGUUAAUCCAGGAUCAGUACAGGCGACUUCCUUUCAGGCUUUGGAAGGAGCUCACUUUCCUUGUGACCGAUUUGGGGAGAAGGAGGGAGAGGGAAGGAAAGGGGGAAGCAGCACAGGAAAGAGCCCACAGCGGAAGAGAAGGAGGGAGGCAGGGCUGCAGGAAGGGCUGGAAGGAAAGCAGCAGCUCCUGGGAUGGGGCCCGCAAAGGGACAGAAGACGGACAUCCCGUGCCCAACUGGCAUUCUCUCAUCGUCGGGGCAAAGGAAGGGAAGUGGCCACAACCUCCUCAGCUGCACACCUCUCUCUCUUGAUAGUUUAAUGAUUGACUAGCCAUUUGGGUGAUCAAAUACAUAAAGCCACGGUGUGUUCAAAGCCAUUUCUUGCUCAGCACAGCUCUAUUCCGUAGCCAUGGCCAAGGGCUUCUUCAUCAGCAAGACGCUGGGCAUCGUGGGCAUCGUGCUGGGAGUGGCCGCAGUGGCCACCAUCAUCGCCCUCUCUGUGGUUUACUCAGAGGAGAAGCAAAAGAAUGCCUCACUGUCCAGUGCAGCCACUACGACGAAACCCACCACCACCACCACCACCACAACCACCACCACAACAACAACAACAACAACAACGUCGACAGCUGGGCCCACAACCACAAAACCCUCCGGAACAAUCCCUGGAUCUGGCUCUACUCCCAGUCCUACCACAUCUGCUCCAAGUAACCCUUGGAACAAGCUGCGACUGCCCAAAACCCUAGAACCAAGUCACUACACAGUCAGCCUGCAGCCCUUCCUGACCCCAGAUGACCGGGGUCUCUACAUCUUCCAGGGGAACAGCACCGUCCGGUUUGUGUGCCUCACACCCACCAACCUGAUCCUCAUCCACAGCAAAAAGCUCAACUACACUGACCAGACGGGGUUCCUGGUGUCCCUGAGUGGGGUGGAUGGUGCCGCAGUACCCACCAUCACUCAGACCUGGAUCCAAGAGGACACCGAGUACCUGGUAGUGCAGCUGGCAGGGAACCUUGAGCAGGGCAAGUCUUAUGAGAUGCACACCACCUUCACGGGGGAACUGGCCGACGACCUGGCCGGCUUCUACCGCAGCGAGUACCAGGAGGACGGCAAGACCAAGGUGGUGGCCACCACACAGAUGCAGGCGGCCGAUGCCCGAAAGGCUUUCCCUUGCUUCGACGAACCUGCCAUGAAGGCCACCUUCACCGUGGUCCUGAUCCACCCUUCCGAUCAUGUGGCGCUCUCCAACAUGCCAGUCUCCAAUACGAUACAGAUGACAAUGGAGGAUGGCCAGUUGUGGAACAGGACCGAGUUUCUCCCGACCCUCAAAAUGUCCACCUACCUGCUCGCUUUCAUUGUCAGCCAGUUUGAGUCAGUGAAUGCUUCCCAGAAUGGUACCCUGAUCCGGAUCUGGGGCCGCCCCAAGGCCAUCGCGGAGGGACACGGUGACUAUGCCCUACAAGUCACGGGACCCAUCCUCAGCUUCUUUGAGAGGCACUACAACACGGCUUACCCACUGCAGAAGUCAGACCAGGUGGCCCUCCCCGAUUUCAAUGCUGGUGCCAUGGAGAACUGGGGGCUGGUGACCUACCGGGAAAGUGCCCUGCUCUUUGACGCCAACUUUUCCUCCAUUGGAAACAAGGAGCGGGUGUUGACAGUCAUCGCUCACGAACUCGCCCAUCAGUGGUUCGGGAACCUGGUGACCCUCCGCUGGUGGAACGACUUGUGGCUGAAUGAGGGCUUUGCGUCCUACGUGGAAUACCUGGGUGCAGAUGCCGCGGAGUCCACCUGGAAUAUUAAAGACCUGAUGGUGAGCAACGAAAUGUACCGGGUGAUGGCCAUUGACGCGCUGGCCUCCUCACACCCGCUCUCCUUCCUUGAAAAUGAGAUCAACAGCCCAGCUGAAAUCAGUGAAGUCUUUGACUCGAUCGCCUACAGCAAGGGAGCCUCAGUGCUGAGGAUGCUCUCCGAAUUCCUCACAGAGGAACGCUUCAAGAGAGGUCUGCAGUCGUACCUCCACACCUAUUCCUAUGGAAACACCGUCUAUAGUAACCUCUGGGACCACCUGCAGAAGGCGGUGGAUGAGGACGGAUUCAACAACACCCUUCCUGGCUCCAUCGAGACCAUCAUGGACCGGUGGACAUUGCAGAUGGGCUUCCCGGUGUUGACCGUGGACACUGCGACCGGGCAGGUCACCCAACAGCACUUCCUGCUGGGCAACUCCUCCGUCCAGCGGCCCUCAAAUUUCAGCUACACCUGGAUCGUGCCCGUCACCUGGAUGACCUCUGAUGGUGAAGGAAUCAUGCGCUGGCUCACUGAAACAACAGAAAACGUACCCGACUUUGCUACAGCCGGAACCCCAAACAAGUGGCUGCUGCUCAACCUUAACGUUGUUGGAUAUUACCGGGUGAACUAUGACCAGGGAAACUGGAACCGGCUGAUGGAGCGGCUGAGCGACAACCACCAGGUAAUCCCUGUUCUCAACCGGGCUCAGCUGAUUGACGAUGCCUUCAACCUGGCCAGGUGA